AUGUCGGACCCCCAGCUGUGCAGCCGGCCCACCGCCAAGCCUCUCCUGCCCAAGUGCUCAGGUGAGGGAGGAGGUGAGGAGCGUCCCGGCGCUGUGGGCCUCGUGGCGCUGCCCGGGACCCCCGGGACCCCCUGCUGUGUGUGUGUGGAGAUGGAGCAGAUCCGGCGCUGCCUGCGCUCGGAGCGGAUCUGCUUCCUGCCGGUCCUGGCGUGUCUCCUCAGCCUGGCGCUCUGCACCGCCGGCCUCAAGUGGGUCUUUGUGGACAAGAUCUUCCAGUACGAGCCCCCCACUCACUUAGACCCUAAACGCAUCGGGCAGGACCCCUUCAUCAUCUCAGCGGACCCCCAGCCGGGACGCACCGGGACCCCGGGACGCCCGGAGGUCCUGCUGGAGGACGCGCCCACACGAGGGCCGCACACAGUGACUCAGGCGGAUUCCUCUGUGACGCUGAAGUACCACGCUGAGCGGACCCCCGUCCCGACGCAGACCCCGCCCCCCUCCACACAGGAGACCAACGACAUCAUCGUCCCAACAGUCCGUGAGUACCCAGCACGCCGCCUCAGACAGGAAGUGGUUCUGUGUAACCUUGGACUCAACAAGAGACAAAAACAAGAGAAACUGAUCGAGCUGUUUGAGCAGUGGUUGUCCUCCACCAGCACCACCAGGACCACCAGGACCACCAGGACCACCAGGACCACCAGUACCACCAGUACCACCAGUACCACCAAGACCUCCAGUCAUGUGACGCGCUGCAGCGACAGCCAGAGGAACUACUGCGUGAACGGAGGCGAGUGCUUCACCCUGGAGAUCACGCCCGGCAGCACCAAGUUCCUCUGCAGGUGUCCAAAUGAAUUUACUGGUGAUCGCUGCCAAAACUAUGUAAUGGCCAGCUUCUACAAACAUCUGGGGAUUGAGUUUAUGGAAGCUGAGGAGCUGUAUCAGAAACGUAUUUUAACAAUAUCAGGAAUCUGCAUUGCACUCCUAGUCGUUGGAAUCAUGUGUGUGGUUGCCUACUGCAAAACAAAGAAGCAGAGGAAGAAGCUCCACGAGCGUCUGAGGCAGAGUCUGAGGAACCAGAGGAACAACAACACCAACGCUGGAAUCGGUUCCAACUCUGCGACCUCAGCCCGAGCACGUCGGAUUUCUAACUUGCCUCUUCAAGAUUUGCAGCUCACCAAAAAAUGUAACGGGCCGACUCGGCAGCCUUCAGCCGAGAGGGCGUCGGAGACGAGCUUCUCCCCGAGCAGAUGUGAAGCCACAACUCUCACGCACGUGUCCAGCCAGAGCUGGAGUAAUGACUGGAGCGCCACGGUUCUGUCUGACACUGAGUCUGUCUCGGUGAUGUCAUUGGCGGAGAAGAGCCCGAGCGCCAUGCAGGUCGGGGGGGGGGGGCGUCUGAACGCCAGCGGUGGCGCCGGAGACUUAAGUGAUGAGAUGAGCCGGGUCACAGUCGCCUCGGACAGCGACCGUGUGGAACCUGAGCUUUGUGUUGACUUGCUUGUUGUGUGUUGUAGGUUUGUGUCUCUCGUGACCUCUCCGGUGACCCCGGGCUCCCCCCCCUCAGAGGUCUCCGCCCCCCUGUCCAGCCUGGCCGUCUCCAACCCCUCCGUGGCCCUGAGCCCCUCCGGUGAGGAGGAGCGCCCCCUGCUGGUGUCCCGUCAGACGCACACCAGCCGGGACGAGCAGAAGAGGUCGUCUGCUCACUACAACCACGGUCACAUGACUCACAGCUUACCGCCCAGCCCGCUGUUCCCCCCCGAGGACGUUCAGUACGACCCCCCCGAGCAGACGCCGCCUGAGAUCCACACGAACAACAACGUCAGUGACUGCAGCAGCAAAACAGGCGGAGUCCUCCGUGGUCAGGUGCUGCGUGGCGUGGAGUCCAGGGGGGGGCAGGUGUCGGCUGAGGAGCCUGGGGGGGGGGGACACGCGCCCUUCCUCACCGCAGAGCGAGCUACGGCCCUGCUGCUCCGAGCCGCCGCCGCCGGCAGCAGGACUAACUCGGCGUCGUGUCACGACCACGAGCAGCUGGCGCCCCCCCGACCGGAUCCCGUGGCCGUGUGA